UGAAGCGUUUCUAAGGAAAGGAAAGAAGGGAUAUAAGGAGUUUCCGUGAAUAGAAGGGAUAGCGUUUGCAGCAAGAGGGAGUGCUCAAUACUAGAGACUGUGAAGAGAAUGCAUGAUACAAUAGACAGAUGUAGUAGAAUUAAUAAAUGUUGGCCCAAGGACUAAAGAGUUAUUCCAGAUGGGCCAGGAUGACCUAGUUCCGAACCUGUUUGGGCUCUUGCGUAGAUGACAUCUGGAUAGAGGGAGGAAUCAACAGCUUGGAAAUUCAGCCAAGUGAUCUGGCGGGAUGGGCAUUUGCCUGACAUAUUUUAUAGAGGAAUUGGAUGGCGUGAGUGAUUAAGGUGGUAUUGAGGGUCUCUGAAGCCUAUGAAAGGUAGAAACUCAACCAUGAUUUCUUUUUCAACUCUACAGCAUUCCCUUCCUUGAAGUCUUCAUUUUUACCUUAGUCUCAGGCAGUUAUACUUAAGCAUGAACAUUGACGACAAACUGGAAGGAUUAUUUCUUAAAUGUGGCGGCAUAGACGAAAUGCAGUCUUCCAGGGCAAUGGUUGUAAUGGGUGGAGUGUCUGGCCAGUCUGCCGUGUCUGGGGAACUGCAGGAGUCAGUACUUCAGGAUCGGAGUAUGCCUCACCAGGAGAUCCUCGCUGCAGAUGAAGUGUUACAAGAAAGCGAAAUGAGACAACAGGAUAUGAUAUCACAUGAUGAACUCAUGGUCCAUGAGGAGACAGUGAAAAAUGAUGAAGAGCAGAUGGAAACACAUGAAAGACUUCCUCAAGGACUGCAGUAUGCACUUAAUGUCCCUAUAAGUGUAAAGCAGGAAAUUACUUUUACUGAUGUAUCUGAGCAACUGAUGAGAGACAAAAAACAAAUCAGAGAGCCAGUAGACUUACAGAAAAAGAAGAAACGGAAACAACGUUCUCCUGCAAAAAUCCUUACAAUAAAUGAGGAUGGAUCACUUGGUUUGAAAACCCCUAAAUCUCACGUUUGUGAGCACUGCAAUGCUGCCUUUAGAACGAACUAUCACUUACAGAGACAUGUCUUCAUUCAUACAGGCGAAAAACCAUUUCAAUGUAGUCAAUGUGACAUGCGUUUCAUACAGAAGUACCUGCUACAGAGACAUGAGAAGAUUCAUACUGGUGAAAAACCAUUUCGCUGUGAUGAAUGUGGUAUGAGAUUCAUACAAAAAUAUCAUAUGGAAAGGCAUAAGAGAACUCACAGUGGAGAAAAACCUUACCAGUGUGAAUACUGUUUACAGUAUUUUUCCAGAACAGAUCGUGUAUUGAAACAUAAACGUAUGUGCCAUGAAAAUCAUGACAAAAAACUAAACAGAUGUGCCAUCAAAGGUGGCCUUCUGACAUCCGAGGAAGAUUCUGGCUUUUCUACAUCACCAAAAGAUAACUCACUGCCGAAAAAGAAAAGGCAGAAAACUGAGAAAAAAUCAUCUGGGAUGGACAAAGACAGUGCUUUGGACAAAUCUGACCUGAAGAAAGACAAAAAUGAUUACUUGCCUCUUUAUUCUUCAAGUACUAAAGUAAAAGAUGAGUAUAUGGUAGCAGAGUAUGCCGUUGAAAUGCCACAUUCUUCUGUUGGGGGAUCGCACUUAGAAGAUGCAUCAGGAGAAAUACAUCCACCUAAGUUGGUUCUCAAAAAAAUUAAUAGUAAGAGAAGUCUGAAACAGCCAUUGGAGCCAAAUCAAACAAUUUCGCCUUUAUCCACAUAUGAAGAGAGCAAAGUUUCAAAAUACGCUUUUGAACUUGUGGAUAAACAAGCUUUACUGGACUCAGAAGGCAAUGCUGACAUUGAUCAGGUUGAUAAUUUGCAAGAGGGGCCCAGUAAACCUGUGCAUAGCAGUACUAAUUAUGAUGAUGCUAUGCAGUUUUUGAAGAAGAAGAGAUAUCUUCAAGCAGCAAGUAACAACAGUAGGGAGUAUGCGCUGAAUGUGGGUACCAUCGCGUCUCAGCCUUCUGUAACACAAGCAGCUGUGGCAAGUGUCAUUGAUGAAAGUACCACAGCAUCCAUAUUAGAUUCACAGGCACUGAAUGUGGAGAUAAAGAGUAAUCAUGACAAAAAUGUUAUUCCAGAUGAGGUCCUGCAGACUCUGUUGGAUCAUUAUUCCCAUAAAGCUAAUGGACAGCAUGAGAUAUCAUUCAGUGUUGCGGACACUGAGGUGACUUCUAGCAUAUCAAUAAAUUCUUCAGAAGUACCUGAGGUCACCCAGUCAGAGAAUGUUGGAUCAAGCUCCCAAGCAUCCUCAUCAGAUAAAGCCAACAUGUUGCAGGAAUACUCAAAGUUUCUGCAGCAGGCUUUGGACAGAACUAGCCAAAAUGAUGCCUAUUUGAAUAGCCCGAGCCUUAACUUUGUGACUGAUAACCAGACCCUUCCGAAUCAGCCAGCAUUCUCUUCCAUAGACAAGCAAGUCUAUGCAGCGAUGCCCAUCAAUAGCUUUCGAUCAGGAAUGAAUUCUCCACUAAGAACAACUCCAGAUAAGUCCCACUUUGGACUAAUAGUUGGUGAUUCACAGCACUCGUUUCCCUUUUCAGGUGAUGAGACAAACCAUGCUUCUGCCACAUCAACACAGGACUUCUUGGAUCAAGUGACUUCUCAGAAGAAAGCUGAGGCUCAGCCUGUCCACCAAGCUUACCAAAUGAGCUCCUUUGAACAGCCCUUCCGUGCUCCGUAUCAUGGAUCGAGAGCUGGAAUAGCUACUCAGUUUAGCACUGCCAAUGGACAGGUGAACCUUCGGGGACCAGGGACAAGUGCUGAAUUUCCAGAAUUUCCCUUGGUGAAUGUAAAUGAUAAUAGAGCUGGGAUGACAUCUUCACCUGAUGCCACAACUGGCCAGACUUUUGGCUAAAAAAAAUGUGUAAAUAAUACUGGCACUUUAGAACAGAUUAAUCAAGAGUGGGGUUACUCUGCAUAAAAUGGAGUGCUGUACAGAUUUAAGAGCAAUGCGUUAUAACAGGUUAAGCUGAUAUGAAUAGCAAGAUAAUCCAAUAACUGCAUUUUGUUUGGUUAGUCAGCAUUCUUUGAACUGCCUUACAUGUUGUCACCUUUAUAGAAGCAACGCAUUACUUGUUUUAGAUCAGAAACUUGCUAUUCCACCUACACCAAGUUUAAAAGGAAAAAAAAAGACUUUCGCACAAUUGUUUCCUAACUGAUAACAUUGUACAUUCUUAGGAGGGUAGUAAUUGUGUGAAAUUUACUCAUACUGUUUCUAAGCAUAGUCAUUGCACUUCAGCAGGGAAUCUGAGUAUAAUUUACAGACAGAGUGAACUUAAAAGUUUAAAUGUUAAGAGAUUAUGGCUUAAAUAAAUUAAUGUGUCCUAUAGGGGGAUAAAAAGAAACCAAGAUACCACCUUUUAAAAAGAAUGAUAAUGCCAUAUACCCUUGAUUUUCAUUUUGCAUUAUAUUGACUUUUUUUUUGGAGAAAAAAAGUAAUAAAAAUCUGAUAGUCUAAGACUCCACUAUUUAAAAGCCUAAUUACUUUUAAAAUAUGCAUACUUUCAAAACUUUUACCAAAAUACAUAACUGUUGAAGCAUUCACUUCUCUAUGGAAGUAUGCAUAUUGGUGUCAGUUUCUUUGUACAGUUGUACCUAGAUAUUUUUUAUGAUUUUUCAUGUGCAAGUAUCAAGGUUUUGAAGUUUUAGUAAAAAGAUAUUCUGUAGAUUACAUUCCCAAGAACAUAAUGCUUACACAAAAUGUAUAUUCCACGUUUUAAAGCUUAAUUGUAUUUUACUUUACAUAUACACUUCAGUUAACAUAGAGCACUUAGAAUCUAUUUGGUAUUUUUGAUUUCUCGAAGUAAAAAAAAUUUAGAUUUUUAGGUUUGAUAUGGUUGUGUCAUAAUCAUCUCAUAAUUGACAAUUUUAAUUUUUGGCAAUAAAAGGAAAUUGGAUAUCUUUGGAACUGUAAAACUUGGUUUAAUCCUUCUCUUUCUAGAAUCUUGAUAGAUUGGAUAAUUAAACAGUAUCCAGAGAAACUAAAGAAAUGGGCAUUUUAAUUGCUUAUUUUAUCUUGAGUUACUUUUUAAUGAACACUGCUCAUUACAAUUUUACAAACCAAAAGUGUUUACUAAUUCUAGUAACUACAGUUUCUUUUUCAGCUAGAUGAGUGAUCGGAAACUUUUUGUUGCAUUUCAAAAUCUAAAUAAACUACAGACUUUAUCCUUA